AUGUUUCCUUCAACAUCCGUACCCCAAUGGAUCUACGAGGUGUUCAUCAAUUUCCGAGGAAAAGACACUCGUAGCUAUUUCGUUUCUCAUCUCUAUGCUGCACUCUCAAAUGCUGGAAUUAACACUUUUCUUGACGAUCAGAAUCUUGAAAAAGGAAAGGAACUUGGACCAGAAUUAUUUCGAGCAAUUCGAGGCUCUCAGAUAUUCAUCGUUGUGUUCUCAGAAGACUACGUUCACUCAAGUUGGUGUCUUGAUGAACUCGAACAAAUCAUGAAAUUCCGCAGAGAUAGGGAUCGACUUAUUAUGCCUGUAUUUUACGGUGGUAUUACCCCUUCGUAUAUACGUGGCUAUGCUAUGGAUACUUUUGGAGAAGCUGUCAAUACAAGUAGCAGAACAAAUAAUUUGGAAAAUCCACGAAAGAAAGCACCCAUCGGUGCUUCAAAUUUGAGUGGUGCGAAGGAAAAUCCACGAAAGAAAGAACCCGUUGGUGCUUCAAAUUUGAGUAGUGUGAAGGAAAAUCCACGAAAGGAAGCACUCAUUGAUGCUUCGAAUUUGUCUGGUUGGGAUAUGAGUAAUUACUGGUAA